CGGAAGGGUGUCGGGAAUGCUUGGUGGGGAUGAGCCGCACUAGGUGCCCGGGUUGGUGCGACCCGGUGCUUUUAGUCCCCGGUUAGUUUCCUGAAAGGUGGGGAGGAAACUCCCUGGGAGCCGCUGCCAGAUGUUUUGAUCCUUUCUCUGGGACGGUAGCAAUCUCCUGGUCCAAGCUAGUAAAAGGAAAGACGGAACGUUGGGGGUGGGGAAGAAAACGAAAAUAAAGGUGGUGUUUACAGCUUUUGGUGAAGAUGAUUUACAAAUAAAUCUCGAUCAUCUUUCAAAAUCUGAGGAAGCCAUCAGUAAAAGCAAAGAAUUUUUUUGAAUGUUAAAAUAAAGUUUGCUUAUGGUCCUAAAAAGCUGAAAUGGGGGCUAUCUUUCUUCAGGCCACUUGGUUAUGAAUGUGCUUCAGUGUUACAAUGCCUCCUGCUAUGGCAGAUAUCCUUGACAUUUGGGCUGUGGAUUCUCAAAUAGCAUCAGAUGGCUCCAUUCCCGUGGAUUUCCUAUUGCCCAAUGGGAUCUAUAUCCAAUUGGAAGUACCUAGAGAAGCCACUAUUUCUAAUAUUAAACAGAUGCUAUGGAAGCAAGCUCACAACUACCCCAUGUUUAACCUUCUUAUGGAAAUUGACUCGUAUAUGUUUGCAUGUGUGAACCAAACUGCUGUUUAUGAGGAGCUUGAAGAUGAAACAAGAAGACUCUGUGAUGUCAGACCUUUUCUUCCAGUUCUUAAAGUGGUGACAAGAAAUUGUGACCCAGGGGAAAAAUUAGACUCCAAAAUUGGAAUUCUUAUAGGAAAAGGUCUCCAUGAGUUUGAUGCCCUAGAAGAUCCUGAGGUGAAUGAGUUUCGAAGUAAAAUGCGCCAGUUCAGUGAAGAAAAGAUCCAAUCCCUUGUGGGAUUAUCUUGGAUGGAUUGGUUAAAGCACACUUACCCACCAGAACAAGAACCUUCCAUUCCUGAAAACUUAGAAGAUAAACUUUAUGGUGGAAAUCUUGUGGUAGCUGUCCAUUUUGAAAAUUGCCAGGAUGUAUUUAGUUUCCAAGUAUCUCCUAAUAUGAAUCCCAUCAAGCUAAAUGAGUUGGCAAUCCGAAAACGGUUGACUAUCCGUGGAAAGGAGGAUGAAGUUGAUCCCUAUGACUAUGUCCUACAAGUCAGUGGGAGACUAGAAUAUGUGUUUGGUGAUCACCCAUUAAUUCAGUUCCAGUAUAUCCGGAACUGUGUCAUGAAUAGAACUCUUCCCAAGCUCACUCUUGUUGAAUGUUGCAAUAUAAAGAAGAUGUGUGAACAGGAAAUGAUUGCCAUAGAAGCUGCCAUAAAUCGAAAUUCAUCCAACCUCCCUCUUCCACUGCCACCGAAAAAAACACGAUUAAUUUCUAAUGUUUGGGAGAAUACCCAACCUUUCCAAGUUUUAUUGGUUAAGGGUACUAAACUGAACACAGAAGAAACUGUCAAAGUUCAUGUCAGGGCUGGACUUUUUCAUGGAACUGAACUUCUUUGUAAACCGGUUGUAAGCUCAGAGAUAUCUGGAAGAAAUGACCAUGUUUGGAGUGAACCACUGGAAUUCGAUAUUAACAUCUGUGAUUUACCAAGAAUGGCUCGGUUAUGCUUUGCAGUUUAUGCUGUGGAUAAAGUGAAAACAAAAAAGUCAACUAAGACAAUUAAUCCUUCCAAGUAUCAGACUAUCAGGAAAGCUGGAAAAGUGCACUAUCCUGUAGCAUGGGUAAAUACCAUGGUUUUUGACUUUAAAGGACAGCUGAAAACUGGAGACAUCACAUUGCACAGCUGGUCAUCAUUUCCUGAUGAACUUGAAGAAAUGUUGAAUCCAAUGGGAACUGUUCAAACAAAUCCAUAUACUGAAAACGCAACAGCUUUACAUGUUAAAUUCCCUGAGAAUAAAAAACAGCCUUAUUAUUACCCUCCCUUUGAUAAGAUUAUUGAAAAGGCAGCUGAGAUUGCAAGUAGUGACAGUGGUAAUGUAUCAAGUCGAGGUGGAAAAAAAUUUCAUGUUGUGCUCAAAGAAAUCAUGGAGCGGGAUCCCUUAUCCCAACUGUGUGAGAAUGAAAUGGAUCUUAUUUGGACUUUGAGACAAGACUGUAGAGAAAAUUUUCCACAGUCAUUGCCAAAAUUGCUGCUUUCUGUCAAAUGGAAUAAACUUGAAGAUGUUGCUCAGCUACAGGCUCUUCUUCAGAUCUGGCCUAAAUUGCCUCCUAGAGAAGCAUUGGAAUUAUUAGACUUUAAUUAUCCAGACCAGUAUGUAAGAGAGUAUGCAGUGGGCUGCUUGAAACAAAUGAGUGAUGAAGAACUAUCUCAAUAUCUUCUACAACUUGUACAGGUUUUGAAAUAUGAACCUUUUCUUGAUUGUGCUCUAUCUAGAUUCCUGUUAGACAGAGCACUUGCUAACAGGAGGAUAGGACAGUUUCUAUUUUGGCAUCUUAGGUCAGAGGUGCACAUUCCUGCCUUUUCAGUGCAAUUUGGUGUAAUACUUGAAGCUUACUGCCGAGGAAGUGUGGGUUAUAUGAAAGUGCUUUCUAAACAGGUUGAAGCUCUUAAUAAGCUGAAGACCUUAAAUAGUUUAAUAAAAUUGAAUGCGGUGAAGUUAAACAAAGCAAAGGGAAGAGAGGCAAUGCACACAUGCUUAAAACAAAAUGCUUACCGAGAAGCCCUGUCUGAUCUCCAGUCACCUUUGAAUCCGUGUGUCAUACUUUCAGAACUUUAUGUUGAGAAAUGCAAAUACAUGGAUUCUAAAAUGAAGCCUCUGAGGAUAGUAUACAACAACAAGGUAUUCGGAGGAGAUACAGUGGGUGUCAUUUUCAAAAAUGGGGAUGAUCUACGACAAGAUAUGUUGACACUCCAAAUGCUGCGAUUGAUGGAUUUACUUUGGAAAGAGGCUGGAUUGGAUCUCCGAAUGUUGCCGUAUGGUUGUUUAGCAACAGGAGACCGCUCUGGCCUAAUUGAAGUUGUUAGUACAUCUGAAACAAUUGCCGAUAUUCAGCUAAAUAGUAGUAAUGUUGCUGCUACAGCUGCCUUCAAUAAAGAUGCUCUUCUAAAUUGGCUUAAAGAAUACAAUUCUGGGGAUGAUUUAGAUCGAGCCAUUGAAGAGUUCACUCUCUCUUGUGCUGGCUACUGUGUAGCUUCUUAUGUCUUAGGGAUUGGUGAUAGACAUAGUGACAAUAUCAUGGUCAGGAAGACUGGACAGCUCUUCCACAUCGAUUUUGGACACAUUCUUGGAAACUUCAAGUCUAAAUUUGGCAUUAAACGGGAACGAGUGCCUUUCAUUCUUACCUAUGAUUUCAUUCAUGUCAUUCAGCAAGGAAAAACAGGAAACACAGAAAAGUUUGGCCGAUUCCGUCAAUGUUGUGAAGAUGCUUACCUGAUUUUACGAAGGCACGGGAAUCUCUUUAUCACUCUUUUUGCCCUGAUGUUGACUGCAGGGCUUCCUGAACUCACCUCAGUCAAGGAUAUACAGUAUCUUAAGGACUCUUUGGCCUUGGGAAAGAGUGAUGAAGAAGCACUGAAGCAGUUUAAGCAGAAAUUUGAUGAGGCGCUCAGGGAGAGUUGGACUACCAAAGUGAACUGGAUGGCACACACCAUGAGGAAGGACUAUCGGUCUUAACAAGCACCAGCUUUCCUUCCCACGUGUUUUGUUGUUCUCUUGCUGUCGUUACUGGCCUGAUUUGGUUUGUUUAGUUUGGCUUUCAUUUUGGAUUUGCACUAAACUGAACACUGCCCUGACAACAAGUGUUGAUUAAAAAGGGAACAAUAUCCUGGAACACCAAGUUUUAAAAGAAAAAAAAAAUACCCAACUUAACCUGAAUGAUCCUUGAUGAUUGCACUCCACUUCUGACUGAUUGACAACAACCCAACACAAAAUCUACCAACAUCAUGGAUAAUCACUUCUUGCUGACUUUGCACGCAGAAAGCUACUAGAUGUUUUCUUCUUUUAAAAAGUUUGGUACUUUUAAGCAGUGAUGUAAAUAUUCCUUUUCUGUGUUGUGACAAAGUAUUCUAACUCAGCCAAACAACCCACCAAUAUGGGAUGUUCAGAAUGGGACUUCAAAAGAAGGGUGUCUUUGUGCAAACUAAAGAUUAUGAUGUAUUUUUUUUUAAUCAAACCUGUGGAAACCUGUUGAUUUUUCUUGUUCAUGUUUCUAUACCAUAGUAUCAUUCCAUCAGGACUUGCUGAAAAUCUAAUGGUGUGGCAAAUAUAUGUAUAUAUACAUGUGUUUGCACACAAGAGUGUGCAGUGUGUGUGUGUGUGUGUGUGUGUGUGUGUGUGUGUGUGUGUGUAUAACUGGAGUAUUUCAGAUAUGUUGCCUUUGGUUUUCUUCAGCCUUGGUUUUCUGUUUUUUUUUUUUUAAUUCUUUUUCUUUUUUAUUUCUUUCAAAAGCAGGGCUUUUUUUCUCCACAUUCCUUUCUGGUAACUAACUGCCUCAUCCAGUUCUUCCAACUACUUCCCUAAUGAAGCAUAUGUUGACCAGGAUUUAUGUACUGUGUUUGUAUGGAAGGGUGAGCUACAUGGGGGAUGAUACUUGAGCAAUUGUACCAAAAAAAUAAAGGCAACAACAGACAAGGAAACUAUUUAUGAAAUAAAUUCCCAACCUGAAAUUCAGUAUUUUUUAAAAAUGCCAAUGAACAGUCUCAGACCUGUUCUUACUGUAUUUAUUAAAACUUCUAACAUGAUUUUUUUUUUGCAGAAUAUAUGUGUUCAGCUUUUAGUAGUUGUGUAAUAAAUUGGACUUUUAAAAAAGUUAUAUGCUGAGGUACCAGAUUUUUAGGGUGCUCAGUGGAGAGCAGUUUUGAUAUGUGCAAUAGGAACUACUGGUUUGAGCGUGUAAAACGUGUGCUUCAGUAAGCACCAACAGAUCUACCCAAGCUGCUGCCUGUUCUCCAAACAACACUGGUCACUCUCAUUCCACAAAAGAAGGAAAUUAACAAAAGAUAUGUUUACCAUUCAACUAAACAUGUUUUCCAUUGAAAUUUGAUUAAAAAUUGUCUUCUUUUAUUCAUA